CUACUGCACUGGACAUACAAAGAAGGAGAGCUGGAUGAGGAGCACUGGGGAAAGCACUUUGCAGACUGUGCUGGCAAGCACCAAUCUCCAAUUGACAUCCAGAGGAAAAAAGUGAGGUAUAACCCCCAGUUACUGCAGCUGGAGCUGAGUGGUUACGACGGGCCUUUGCAGGGGGAUUUCACUAUGACCAACAACGGUCACUCUGUUCAGAUUGAUUUGCCACCCACCAUGCACAUCUCCAGAGGGCUCCCAGGCCUCUACACAGCUGUACAGAUGCAUCUGCACUGGGGUGGCCUGGACCUGGAGACCAGCGGCUCUGAACACACCAUAGACGGGAUGAGAUACUUCGCAGAGCUGCACAUUGUCCAUUACAACUCAGCUGACUACUCAAGCUUUGAAGAAGCCAAAGACAAACCAAAUGGAUUGGCUGUGCUUGCCUUCUUGUACACAGAUGGGCACUUCGAGAAUACCUACUACAGUGAAUUCAUUUCCAAACUGGCAAAAAUCACAUUUGCAGGUCAAUCAACAAAGCUCAAUUCUCUGGAUGUUCAAGCCAUGCUGCCGGAAAACCUCUCACACUUCUACAGGUACCAGGGCUCACUAACAACCCCACCUUGCUCUGAGAGUGUGAUCUGGACCAUCUUUCAGUCUCCAAUUGUCCUGUCACACACACAGAUCAGCCUCCUGGAAAACACAUUGCUGGACUGGCAAAACAAGACGCUGCGCAACGACUACCGGCAUGCUCAGCCCCUCAACGGGCGGGUGGUGGAGUCCUCCUUCAGAGCCAAACUCACCCAAGAACCAUGCCGUUCAGAAGUCGUCAACCUCAGACUGGAACAAAUCCAGAUGCAGCUCCGAGAUAUGAAGAGAGAGUUGCUGAAUGGAGUGAGCCACAUAGCUGGCUUCUUGGUUAUUUCAGGUAUUAAAUCCAGCACUUUCCCAGCUUUCUACUUCCCCGUGGAAAACAUUGAGAGUUUUGUGAAUGUUCAUCCCCUCCAUGAUAUGUCUCUCCAAGCCUUCACCUUAUGUUUCUGGACAAAAGCCCAGCAUUCUGGCAGUCAGACUGUUCUUUCCUACUCCACACAGGAGAGGGAUAAUGAGCUAGUGAUGACUGUGGGCACCGAUGUGGGAUUGUGGAUAGGAGGCCAUUUCAUCAGCUUCCCCCUGUACCAGAAGGCACAAGAUUGGCUGCACUACUGCAUGGCAUGGGCCUCCCAGUCUGGAAUGGCAAAUUUAUGGCUCAAUGGAGCAGCUGGUAAAGCAAAGAGUAUCCAGAAGGGGUAUGUGAGCCAGGCUGGAGGGACACUUGUCCUUGGGAAAGACAGAGACACUCUUCUUGGGACGUUCUCCAAUGGUUUUGCAGGGUGGAUGACUCAUGUGAACCUGUGGAGCCAAGUUCUCAGUCCUGCAGAUGUUCGGGCACUUGCACUGUGCAAACCAGGGCAACUGAAGGGAGAUAUCAUAGCAUGGGGAGAAACCUCCAUGACCCUCUUGGGGGGGGUGGUUCUGGAGUCUGACACCAGCUGUCAGUGA